AUGGCGGCGCUUCUUCUCAUAGUCGACGACGCUCUUGCCCUUCGCAUCCACCCUCGGAGAAGGAGGCUCAGAGGCCUCCGACGAGGCCUCCGAAUCACUGAAGGAGAGGCAACCCCCUGGACUCCGGCCAGAACGAGGCGGCGACCAGGAGCCGAAGAAAGGCUCCGCGUUCGAGUUGAUGCCCUGCGACAUGGAGGGACAGCCCGAAACAGCAGGGGGGCUGGGAGCCGAGGAACGACUCCGCAUUCGGAUUCAGGCCCGGUGACGCGAAAAGGCGUGCAAGACGCACGGCAAACUCCUCGUGUGCAGCAGCGGCGAGCGGCGGAAGCUGCGACGGCGAGGCGGACCUGGAGCGACGGGAGGGCGAACCAGAAUCCAUAUAUGGCGAGCGGAGGUUACUGGAGACGAUUAGGCGGUAGCGGAGGAGGCGGGAGGCCGGCACCGGAGCGGCGCCAGCGAGCUGGGCUGGUGGACGCCGGGGCCGGCCACCGGCGGACUAUGGCGGAGCGCUUAGCAGCUCAACUCACCUGA